CAAAAGCAUAUUUAAAAAUUAACCUACAUCAAAAAUGCACUUUGAAUUUUGGUAAUAAAUCGACGAUCUUUUAAAAAUAUAUAAAGUUAAUAAAACUUAAUCUUAUACCAGUUAUCAUUGGCUAUAAUUUAUUUUUUAAUUAAAUCUAUUCAUUGAAAUUGAAUGGAUUAAGAAUGAAAGCUUGGUGAUAAAUCGUCUUCAUAAACAAAAGCAGAACACCACUUACCAGGUGAUAUUUGUUAUUUUGUGUAAUUCCAGCAAGCUACAGUAAAAAUACAAGCUACAGUGAACACUAAGUGAAAAUGGUAUUUGGAGGAGAAAAGUACCAAACACCCGACUACAGGAUCUACAAGGUGGAAGAAGCUCCAGAACUGGUGAAGGUGCAGGAGGCCCUCAGGAGCCAAGGACUGAAAGACCCCUGGCUGAGGAACGAGGUCUGGCGCUUCCGAGAGUGCGAAUGGGGCACCACGCGGCAGGGCCUUAUGACCUUCUUCUUCAGGGGCUUCCCUCUAGGCUUCGCAGCCUUUCUGGCGACCAUAGCCUUGGAAGGAGCUGUCAAGUAUAUGAGAAGUAGAGGCGGAGGUGGUGACGGAGGACAUCACGGUGGUGGUCACGGCGAUUUUGAUGAUGUUAGAGAUAUUAAUGGUAAUGGUGAUGAUGCGGAGGUUCUUAGCAGAGGUGAGGAUGGUAGUGGUAAUGGUCACAAAAUUGGUGAUGGUGGAAAAGAAUAUAAAAUUUAAAUAUAAAUACGCUCAUGUAACUUUGUAUACUUUAAAAUAAAUUAAACAAAAAAUAUAUGUUUAUUUAUUAAUUUACCGAUUUAUCCCUAUAGACUUCUAAAGCUUAG